AAUGAGUUUUUUCCUCGUGAUGUGUCUGGCGGCGCUGGCAGCUUGUGACAACCCUGAAGAGAAACCGGUGAACGCACCUGUGAUCGAUCAUCAUCAUCAUCAUCAUCAUCAUCCUCCUCCUCGAACUGAGGGCGUGGCCGAGUUCCUCAGGUGCACAAAGAGUGCGUGGCGCAUACCGGACCAGUACCUUGUGGUGUUGCAGGAGGGAGCACGCGACAGUCACGUGCAGCGGACGGUGAGCACUCUGCGUGCGCAGGCUGCCAGGAGCAGACACACCAUCCACAUCACACACACUUACUCUGGAGCCUUCUGUGGAUUCCUGAUUAAAAUGAGCAGCGAAGUCCUGCCCAUGGCUCUGAAGCUGCCCCAUGUUGCGUACAUUGAAGAGGACUCGUCCAUUUUUGCCCAGGGCAUCCCAUGGAACUUGGAGCGCAUCAUGCAGACGAAGCAUGAGACUGGAAAAUACACACCACCCAAUGAUGGAGCACAAGUGACUGUCUUCCUCCUGGACACCAGCGUUCAGACGAAUCAUCGUGAGAUCGACGGAAAAGUAAUGGUGACAGACUUCAACAGCGUGCCUGAGGAGGAUGGAGUCCGAGUUCAUAGGCAGGCUAGUCAGUGUGACAGUCAUGGAACACACAUAGCUGGAGUGUUGAGUGGGCGAGACUCUGGUGUGGCACGUGGCGUUGGUGUGAACACUGUGCGGGUGCUCAACUGUCAGGGCAGAGGCACUGUGUCUGGAGCACUGGCAGGUCUGGAGUACAUCCGUGCAUCUCUGCAGGCCCAGCCAGUCAGGCCUGUGAUCAUACUACUACCAUUUGUGGGGGGGUUCAGUCGCACUCUCAACAUUGCCUGUCAAGAAAUGGUACAUUCUGGUGCAGUUCUGAUAGCUGCUGCAGGGAAUUACCAGGAUGAUGCCUGCAUGUACUCACCAGCCUCAGAACCAGAGGUGAUCACAGUAGGAGCUACCAAUGCUGCUGACCAGCUGCUUAGUUCAGGAACCACAGGUACCAACCUGGGCCGCUGCGUGGAUGUGUUUGCCCCUGGUGAUGACAUCAUCAGCGCCUCCAGUGACUGCCCAACCUGCUUCACCACUAAGCGUGGAACUUCACAGGCAGCUGCUCACGUUGCUGGCAUAGCUGCAGUUCUUCUGAACGCUCACCCCAGUGCCAGUCCUGCUGAAGUGCUGCAGCUGCUCCGCUAUCACUCAGUCCAGCAUGUGAUAAAUCCAGACUCUCUGCCUCCUGAACACUACCACACUACCCCUGACAUGGUGGCUGCUUUGCCUAAGUCUGCUGCUACAGGCGAGACACUUCUUUGUCGUUCUGUUUGGUCUAAGAGGUCAGGGGUUGGAAGCUUUGACACAGCAGUGGCUCACUGUCGCCGUGGUGAAGAGAUGUUCAGCUGUUCCAGCUACUCACCAAAUGGAGUGCAUGCUGGAGAAAAAAUAGAGAUACGGGAUGGGCAGAAGGUGUGUGAGGCCCAUCACACCAUUGGAGGACAUGGCGUGUACGCCAUAGCUCGCUGUUGCACUGGCAGCAGGGUGAAGUGCCACGCCAGUGCCAGUCUCCAUGUGGGCGUGGACGCAGAGUGCCCUAACCAAGAAUAUCAGCUUACAGGAUGCAGCUCUCACUACAUUAGGUCCCACGAUACAGCACAGCCCUCAAGGCCGCUCCAUAGCAACCGUAAAGCAUGUCCUGCCAGAGAAGGUGGGACAUCACAUGCCUCCUGUUGCCGUGCUCCGAAUCUGGAAUGCCAUCUGAUUGAAUUUACAAGACAGGUGGAGAUGUCAUGCGAGGACUCCUGGACACUUACAUGGUGUAAUGCUGUGUCGCAUGGUUCCGUCACUCGUGGGGCAUACACACGGGGAAAUACCUGCGUGAUCCAGAUGUCUGGAGAAGAUAAAGGAACUGCUGCUCUUGCUAUCUGCUGCAGAUUUCGGCCUCUUGAUCAACAGAGCAACAAGAACCACGAGCAAAACACCUAAUAAGAGCUUAUUGUUCGGUUCGCUUGGGCCAAUUUCUAAUAAGA